CGGAGCCGCCUCGGUGGCAGGCUGCUUCCAACUGCUCUCCCCUUCCUCUCUCUUAUACACACAGAGAGAGGCUCUUGCCAGCAGGCUCCUCCUCUCCAGCACAUUGAAAAACGAGACAAGUUUCCACUUUGGGUUUGCACUCUCGCUGCUUGGCAGCAACGAGCACCAGUCACACCCUCUGCUCAGGCGACAGUUUCCAGGCAGCCUCCCUCAAAGCUGGGUACCAGUUGGGGCUGGGAAGCAUCCUUCAAGCAAGCAUCCUCAGCGGCGUCCCGGGAAGCCUUCUGCUCUUGCGAGGAGAGUCGACAUGCACCUUAACACAACUUCUUCGCUCUACCAGCUGGGAUACCUUAUGGGUCAGUUUCACUUGCUGCCCACCAACUACGUGCUGCCUUCAGCUGGGAAUGUCUCCAAUGGUUCGGAGCUUGGGUCCAAGGUGCCCAAUGAGGAGGACCUGGACGUGAACACGGACAUCUACUCCAAAGUCAUGGUCACCGUCAUCUACUUGGUGCUCUUCCUGGUGGGGACCAUUGGCAACUCCAUCACUGCCUACACCCUGGUGCAGAAAAAGUCCCUGCAGAACCUGCAAAGCACGGUCCAUUACCACCUGGCCAGCCUGGCGUUCUCCGACCUGCUCAUCUUCCUCCUCUGCAUGCCCAUCGAACUGUACAACUUCAUCUGGGUGCAUCACCCCUGGGCUUUCGGCAACGACAUCUGCAAGGGCUACUACUUCCUGAGGGACGCCUGCACCUAUGCCACUGCCCUCAACAUCGCCAGCCUCAGUGUCGAAAGAUAUAUGGCCAUCUGCCACCCUUUCAAAGCCAAGAGCAUCAUGUCCAGGAGCAGGACCAAAAAAUUCAUCAGCUGCAUCUGGGUCGCCUCAUUCCUGCUGGCCAUUCCGAUGAUCUUGACCAUGGGAGAGGUGUACAAGCAAGAUCCAGACACCGUGAUCUGCACCCAGAUAGUAGAAGCGUCCACACUGAAAGUUGUCAUCCAGGUCAACGCUUUCAUCUCCUUCGUUUUCCCAAUGGUUGUCAUCUCCGUCUUGAACACCAUAAUUGCCAACCAGCUCAUCAUCAUGUUCAAGCAAGCCGCACAAGAAAACCAGGUGUGCACUAUUGGAGGGCAGCAAACAAUGCUCAGCAUGUCCAUGGAGCCUGGCCGUGUACAAGCCCUGAAGCAUGGCGUCCGAGUCUUACGAGCUGUUGUGAUUGCCUUUGUUGUCUGCUGGCUUCCGUAUCAUGUACGGCGACUUAUGUAUUGCUAUGUGCCAGAAAAUCAGUGGUCAGACUUCCUUUUCGACUUCUACCACUACUUCUACAUGCUGACAAACAUCCUCUUCUAUGUCAGUUCAGCCAUCAACCCAGUCUUGUACAACCUGGUCUCUGCCAACUUCCGCCAAAUCUUCCUCUCCACGCUCAUGUUUGUGUGCCUGCCAUGGAGAAAGAAGAAGAAGAGGACCAAGUUCAACAGGAAGUCCAACAGCAUCUCCAGCAACCAUACCUUCUCCAGCCAAGUCACCAGAGAAACCACAUAUUGAGACUUGGGCACUGUCAAGGAAGGAAUGAAGAAGCGUCUUGAUUCAAGGCAGAAUCAGAGCUUGUGAAGAGGGCUGUACUGCUUUCAUACAUGACCUCCAAAUUCACCAUAGCAUGAAUGUGUUUAGCUGGUUGUCAUACAUGAGAAUGAGUAGACCUCUGUUCUACAGAAUAACUUUUGGGGUUAUGUUAAUGCAUCAGCCUCUGCCUUUUGUGAGUAACGUCUCCAUGUUGUGUAAUUUUGAUCCAGCAUAGAAGUUGCCUGUGACGUCAUCCAGGAAGCAUAAACAUUUAUGGAGUCAGUGUUGGCGAAGCUUGAAUGCUUCUUGUACUGCAGUUCAUCCAUUUCUCAGUUUAGAAGUGCCACAGGGGUGUUGGAAAAGACCCACCUCUCCUGGUGAUCUUAAGCUGGUACAGAAGCUGGGUAGGU